AUUCUGGACUAUAUCUUUAAUUUAUGGUUAACUGUAUGAAAGUUACUUUUCUGUAAAAAAAAAACGGAGAACAUUUUGUAAGUGCUCCAAAAAUAAUACACACACUAUGCUGUAAUUAUGACUAACUCAUCUCACAAAAUCGUUUCAAAAUUAGAUUUCCUCUUGUCAAACAUCCAACGGCAAUAAAUUCGCACUUCCGGGUUUUGCCGGAGGCGCUCGGCAAAAUCCGACGGUGCUCGUGUUCUCCUCGUCUCUCGUUCUGUAUCCUGAGCGCACUGUGGUCCCACACUGGCUCCGGCGACACAACUGAUGGUGACGGCUCACAAACUUGGCUUAAAAACUGCUCGUCCUUCGGAUCACAUCCGUCUACGACUUUUAAUCUAACGGAAAAAGGAACAUUUCACAUUUAUCUUGUACAUGCUCACAGAAAAAUCCCGAAUUCUGCACCAAAGCACUCGGGGUUACAGUGGCCAGGUGCACGAAAACUGGGGCAAUAGCUGUUUAGUUUUGGAGGAUGUCUGCAGACGAGUAGCCCUUUUGGGAGCCAUACACGUUAAUUUUUUUUUUUUUUUUUUGGCAAAGCAUUUCCGAUUUCUGCGCCACUGUUUUGCCUUUUUCGUUUGGGAAAAACUACAGGAGACAGAAUGGAAAGGAAUUUACUUUGGGUGAUCACAGCUGCUGCGUCCAAAGGCUAACUGCGUGAUGAAAUGAUGGCGAAGAAUCAUUGGUUGGGAAAAAUGCUUCUUCAACCUAGUUUCUCUCAGCUAUUCCAUUUAUACGUCAUACUCUUCUGUUUUACCCCAACUCAUGCUCAGUUCUUGCCAGAACCAAGGGCAGGACCCGGCCUCCUCCUCUUCACGCAGCCGGUCUAUAAUGCCUGCAUAUCAGAGAACUCUGCUACAAGAACGUAUACCAGAAGUGACGUAAAAAUGGGAAUAAUUCUGGCUCCGCCUCGAUCCUUAAGCAUUAGUUAUUCCAUUGUGUCCAGAGACGACGAGGGAAUCUUCGAGGCUGAAGAGUUUGUAAUGGGAGACUUUUGCUUUCUCCGUAUUCACACCAAGGGAGGAGACAGUGGCAUGUUGAAUCGAGAAGUCCAGGACAAUUACACACUGAUUGUCAAAGCAUCAGCCCAGGGAGGCUUGGAGGCUUUGGCCACUGUUUAUAUUAAGGUGCUGGAUACCAAUGACCUCCGACCUCUUUUCUCCCCGGUCUCUUAUUCAUUUGUUGUCCCUGAAAAUGCCCCUCUGGGAGCCAGCAUCGGACGUGUUACAGCCACGGAUGCUGACAUGGGCUCCAAUGGAGAGUUUUACUACUUUUUUGGAGACAAAGUUAAAGACUUUGCUGUUCAUCCAACCAGCGGGGUCAUCACCCUCACAGGUCAGCCCAGUGUGGACAAGCAGGACCGCUUUGAGUUGGAGGUGCAGGUGGUUGACAGAGGGAUGAAACUCUACGGGAACACUGGCGUCAGUGGCACGGCCAGACUGGUCCUGACCGUGCAGCGGGUCAAUGAAUUUGCUCCCGUACUCAGCGCAGUAGCUGUUGUUCCAUCGUGGAUGGACAGUGACCCAAUAUAUGCUGUAGUGACUGUGGAGGACAGAGACGAAGGAGUGUCCGGUGACAUCGAGUGGGUGUCCAUUAUUGAGGGUGACCCCUUGGAACAAUUUGUGGUUGAUCGCUCACCUUUAGGGAAUGAGUACAGAGUUAAAACCACAGAGUUUGUUGAUUGGGACACUUUCCCUUAUGGCUGCAAUUUAACCUUUCAGGCCAAAGACAGAGGAAUACCUGCCAAGCUCUCAAACAUCCAAGUGGUUCAGCUGCAGCUCACAAAGCCAGAACCGCUGCUGCCAAAAUUCCAUAAGGGUGUUUACGUAGCUAAGCUGAGUGAAAUAGCUCCCCCAGGGACCAUUGUGGAGGUGGUUAAAGUCACGCCAGCAUCUCCGAGUGUCAAUUACAGCUUCAGCAGCCUCUCAGACCCUGUGUACUUUGAAAUUAACUAUUUGACAGGAGUUAUUACCACCACAAGGCACCUGAAGACAAUAUCGCAGGAUUUUAUGGAGCUAAAAGUAGUCGAAACUAUUAGCCAGGAGCAAACAACGGUUCAAAUUAUUAUAGAGGACGCAAAUGACAAUUCCCCUGUGUUCAACAGGCCGUUCUACGACGUUGCUUUCAACGAGAGCACACCUAUAGGCACGGUUCUUCUUGUGGUGUCUGCCGUGGAUCAUGAUAAAGGAGAGAAUGGCCGUGUCACUCAUACCAUCAGUGGAGAAGAGUCGCUUCCAUUUGCCAUCGACCCAGACUCUGGUGAGGUGAGGGUCACAAAAGACCUGGACUAUGAGUCAUCAGAUGACAUUUAUACUUUUGCAGUGCGAGCGUCAGACUGGGGUUCACCCUACAGACGGGAGAGCGAGGUCAACGUCACCGUUCGUCUGAUCAAUAUCAAUGACAACCGGCCUCUUUUUGAGAGGGUUUCCUGCAGGGGGAUGAUAAGCCGUGACUUCCCCGUGGGUCAAACCAUUGUCGCCUUGUCUGUCGUCGACAUAGACGAGCUGGAAAUGGUAAAGUAUCAGAUUCUGUCAGGCAACGAUUUGGACUAUUUUCAGAUUAAUCCAGAUUCUGGGGCUUUGUCUCUGAAAAGAUCCUUGGCAGUAGAAAACAUCAAAACUGGAAUUUUCAAUUUUAAAGUUAUCGCGACCGACGGGGAGCUUUUCUCUGAGCCCACGUUUGUGAACGUGUCAGUGGUGAGGGGCAGAAUUCCACCCAGGUCGUUCACCUGCAAAGAGACCAGAGUGGCACAGCUGUUGGCGGAAAAAAUGCUUUCCAAAGCCUCUGCUAAGGCCAGACCACGACCAGACGAGCAAAGUACAGACGUCUUCUCUGUGAACAAACAGGCGCCACAGUUUGAGGCUCUCCCCACUAGUAUUCUGGUCAGAGAAGACCUUCCUGCGGGUGCCAGCGUAUUUCAGGUCCGAGCCAGAGAUGGUGACGCCGGCUUCAACGGCCGCGUUCUUUUCUCCAUAUCUGACGGCAACAAAGAAAACUGCUUCAUCAUCAACAUGGAAACUGGGUUGAUCACUGUUCUGGAGCCGCUUGACCGUGAACGUUUGGAUCGUUUUUUUCUUAACAUCACCAUAUACGACCAGGGCGUUCCGCAGCUGUCCAGUUGGAGACUGCUUACUGUGAUUGUUGAAGAUGCCAACGACAACGACCCUCAGUUUCAUCAAGACGGGUAUUCAGCUGUUGUGAAAGAAAAUUCACCCGUCGGUCUGGAAGUUAUUACGAUCGCAGCGUUCGACAGAGACUUGGGGCCAAACGGACAGCUCACCUACACCAUGCUGACCCCCGCCCCUCAGUUUGGGAUCGAUCGUGAUACGGGAAGUGUAUUUGUUAGCAGUUUACUAGACAGGGAAACAACGCCAGCAUUUACAUUGAAGGUUGAGGUGAGAGACCGGGCCGAGAAAGGAGCUCAGAGGUCUUCGGUGACCACUCUGAGUCUGACCGUUGAGGACGUCAACGAUUGCGCUCCAGCUUUCAUUCCCAGCAGUUACAGUGCUCGAGUUUUAGAGGACCUCCCACCAGGAGCUGUGAUCACCUGGGUGCAGGCCCAAGACCCAGACAUCGGUUCUGGAGGACAAGUUCGAUACUCCCUGAUUGAUGACUUCAACAAAACUUUUGAGAUCAGCGCUGUGAGUGGGUUCUUGAGGAUUUCAAAAGAACUGGACUUUGAAACACAGCAGGUUUUUAAUCUGUCGGUACUUGCCGAGGACAGGGGCGAACCAAGUCUCAGAAGUCAGACGUUUGUGGAGGUAGAGGUGCUGGAUGUCAGUGAGAAUCUAUAUGCGCCCUACUUCAGUGACUUUGCCGUAAGAGGCUCAGUGAAGGAGAACUGGCGCGUGGGCACGAACGUCCUGACAGUCAGCGCUCAGGACGAGGACGAGGGCCGCGACGGCGCCUUGAGAUACACCAUUGGAGGAGGCAGCGGAGUCGGCACUUUCUCCAUCGAUGAAGACACAGGUGUAAUUUACACUGCAGCUGUCCUGGACUGUGAGAUUAAAGACUCCUAUUGGCUCACGGUCCACGCCACUGACACUGGAGUUCCUCCACGCUCUGCCUCCAUCCAAGUCUUCAUCCAGGUGGAAGACGUGAACGACAACGCUCCCCUCACCUCAGAUCCCAUCUACCAUCCUGUCGUCAUGGAGAACUCUCCAAAGGACGUGUCCGUCAUCCGUGUCCAGGCCCAGGACCCUGACCUCACCUCCGUACCCAGCCGUCUGAGUUAUCGCAUCACAGCUGGCAACCCACAGAAUUUCUUCUCCAUCCACUCGAAAACAGGUCUGAUCACGACGACGGCGAGGAAACUGGACAGAGAACAACAGGCCGAGCACUUCUUAGAGGUAACGGUCAUCGACGGCCCAGUGACCACUCGUCAGUCCACUGUGUUGGUCAUAGUCCACGUCCAGGACCAGAACGACAACCCGCCAACAUUCCCAGAAGCCUUUUACCACAUCAGCCUCCCUGAGCGAGACCGCAACCGACGCGGUGAGCCCGUCUACCGCGUCUUCGCUUACGACCGGGACGCGGGCGCGAACAGCAACAUCACCUACAGCAUCCUGGAGGGCAACGAGGACGAGAAGUUCACCAUCGACCCCAGGACCGGGAUGGUGUCGUCGAGGAAGAUGGUGACAGCAGGGAGCUACGACAUCCUCACCAUAAAGGCAGAGGACGGCGGAAAUCCGCCGCUGUGGUCAACGGUCAAACUUCACAUCGAGUGGAUUCGCAAACCUGUACCCUCACCUCUGCCCCUAUCGUUCACUCAGAGGUACUACAAUUUCUCCAUUUCCGAAACAGCUGGCGUGGCUCAGCCGGUGGGCGUGGUGGCGAUCAGUCAGUCCACGACACCUGUCUGGUUUAACAUCGUGGGAGGACGACUGGCCCGAGAGAUGUUUUACAUUCCGCAAAAUGCGUGUGGAAGAAACUGCUCACUUGACACAGGGAGCUUUGACAUGCAGUUCGACCUUCAAGUCGGCGUAGCCACUCUGGUGGUGGCCAAGCCCUUAGAUGCCGAGGCCCAGUCUGUGUACAACAUGUCUAUCCAGGUGACAGAUGGCACCAAGUCCGCCACGGCACAGGUGUUCAUCAGGGUACUGGACAGCAACGACAACCCUCCGGUCUUCUCGCAGACCGCCUACGACGUCAGCGUGUCGGAGGACGUACCCGCAGACACGGAGCUCCUACGGGUUCGAGCGUCCGACCUGGACGAACGUGCGCGUUUGAGCUUCUCCAUCUACAGCAGCGUAGACCCGGCCAGUAUGAGGCUGUUCAGGGUCAACCCGGGUACCGGGGUGGUCUACACCGCAGACCGGCUGGACUAUGAAACCAGAACACAGCACAUCCUGACUAUCAUGGUCAAGGAUCAAGAAUUCCCAUUUAACCGCGACCUGGCUCGGAUCCUGGUGGCGGUGGAGGACUCCAAUGAUAACAUCCCAUACUUCACCAGCACGGCGUAUGAAGCAGUGACCUACGAGUCCUCCCCUGUCGGAACGUCUGUCCUUCAAGUGACAGCUUUGGACAAAGACAGUGGGAUUAAUGGGCUGCUAAUGUACACCAUAGAAUCAGGAAACAGCGGCGGUGUGUUUUCCAUUGAUAAUGCCACCGGCAUUAUCUUCAUUGCCAGGGAUCUGGAUCCCACCUGUGUGGGCUCCUAUUCCCUCACAGUCGGAGUCACAGACAGUGGAUUUCCUCCAUUAAUAGCCUCGUCUUUUGUUCACAUUUCCCUGAUCCUCUCCGAGUUUUCCACGCCGAAAUUUACACGCAGCGAAUAUCAGGCUGAGAUAUUGGAGAAUUCUACUACUGGGACGUAUGUGACAACCGUCGUUGCCCGCAGUCGUUCACCUCUCGUCUACACCAUCAUCAGAGGGAACGAUGAGCGCUGCUUCAUCAUAAACCAUCACACCGGAGUCAUCAGCACUCGCAGAACACUUGACUUUGAGCAAACCCAAUCCUACGUUCUGGUAGUGCAGGCCCUAAGCAUGGCUAGACUAGAGGCCAAUACCAGUGUUGUGGUCCAGGUUGGAGAUGUCAACGAUAACACGCCGGUCUUUAAACAAACCAGAUAUGUGGGUGAAAUCAGCGAAGCUGCCCCAGUCAACAGUGUGGUCCUCGGGGAGGACGGGAACCCUUUAGUGAUCCAGGCCACAGACAGGGACCACAAUCACAACGCUCUGCUGAAGUUUCAGAUCGUAGAAGACACGGCUCGCCUGUUCUUUAGCGUGGACUCAGGGACUGGCUCCAUACGAACAAUUUCCAGCCUGGACUAUGAGACAUUUUCAGAGUUUGUGUUCCGGGUUCAUGUUGAAGACAGUGGUCAGCCACCCAGAUCUGCUGACUGGCCUGCAGAAGUACUCAUAAAGGUGAUCAACAUUAACGACUCACCCCCAAGGUUUUCCCAGGUUAUGUAUGAAACCGUCCUCCUCCUGCCCACCUACGUGGGCGUCCAGGUCAUUAGGGUUGAUGCCUUUGACCCUGAUACGACCCCAGAUUUGUCCUCGAACCCCGACAAGUCCGGCACACCUCCUCUACUUUACUCCCUGGUGGAGAACAAUGUUGAUUUUUUCUCUGUGGAGCCGCUCACUGGAGUCGUGACCGUGGUUAAUCCAAAUCUCAAUAAGGACAGUCUUCGUUUUGGUGUGAAGGUAUGGGACGGACGUUUCUCCAGCACAGCAUCAGUAACAGUCCUGGUUCGAGAAGUCGUCGACAACGGCCUCCUCUUCACCUCCCCCGUCUACACCGCCUUCCUCCCAGAGAACACACCUAAUGUCACUUUAGUGACCGUUGUGAACACGGUGGGCCACCGUCUCAAUGAACCUCUGAAAUACACCCUCCUUAACCCCGGUGGACUCUUCAUCAUCCGGCCGACCUGCGGAGUCGUGGUCACCACCGGUGUGCCUUUCGAUCGAGAGGAGAAGGAGAGAUAUGAGCUGGUGGUGGAGGUUAACAGAGAGGAUGAAAUACUCCGAGUUGCCAGGGUCACUGUACAAGUGCAGGUGGAGGACGUGAAUGACAACGCUCCGGAGUUUGUCAACCUGCCUUAUUACGCUGCUGUACAAGUGGAAGCAGAUCCAGGAUCUGCUAUUUUCAGAGUCUCAGCCACUGAUCGAGACGAUGGUCUGAACGGAGAGUUGACCUACAGUCUCAAGGAGCAGCACAGGAACUUUCAGAUGAAUGCUAUGACAGGUGAGCUCAGCCUAAAGAGAGCCUUUGAGUCCGACUUGUCCAAGGGAGAGUACAGACUGGUCAUCGUGGCCACUGAUGGUGGACUCCCUCCUCUGUCCACUGAGGUGGAGCUUCCAGUGACCGUAGUCAACAAAGCCAUGCCGGUUUUUGACAAGUCCUUCUACGGUGUCACAGUCAGAGAGGACGUUUCCGUCUCCUCCUCCGUCCUGUCCAUAAACGCCAGCAGUCCUGAAGGCCAGACCAUCAUCUUCACUAUCAGUGACGGAGACCCGUCCCUUCAGUUUGACAUCGGUUUUGACUCAGGGAUCAUCAACGUGGUUCAUCCAUUAGACUACGAGACCACGCAGUACUACAGGCUCACGGUGAAGGCCGCGGAUACGCUAACGGGCGCCAGGUCGGAGGUGGAUGUAGACGUUGUUGUACUGGACGUAAACGAUAACCCACCAGUGUUUCAGAGGAACUCCUACGCCGCUGUGCUUCCCGAAAACGCCAUGAUUGGAACAACAGUGUUACAGGUGUUUGCUCAGGACCAGGACUCGGAGAAAAACGCUAUUGUGAGUUACCAGAUCCUAUCUGAUGUUAACAACAGCAGCGACUUCUUCAACGUCCACAGCAGCAGCGGGUUGGUAUUCACGUCACGCCCGCUCGACUACGAGCUGGUCCAGAGCUACAACUUCAUCGUCAGGGCGACAGACAGCGGGGACCCUGCUCUCAGCAGUGAUGUCAGUGUCACUGUGACUGUUACUGACACCAGUGACAACCCCCCUAAUUUUAGCCAGAGUGUGUACGAGGCCUUUGUCAGCGAGCUGGCUCCACGGGGACACUUUGUGACUUGUGUUCAGGCGUCGGAUGGCGACACCUGCGAUGCCCAAAGGCUGAGGUACAGCAUCAUCUCAGGGAAUGAGAGGAUGACUUUUAUGAUAGACUCAGAUACAGGAGUGCUGAGUCUGUCUAACAAGAGGCGACAAGGCAUGAAACCCGUGUAUCAACUUAAUGUGUCCGUGUCAGACGGAGUUUUCACCAACACCGCUCAGGUGAUUAUCAGAGUUCUGGGAGCAAACCUGUACAGCCCAGUGUUCAGCCAGAGAUUUUACCUGGCUGAGGUCCAGGAAAAUGCCCCCCCAGGUACUAAGGUCAUCCAGGUCCAGGCCAUAGAUGAGGACUCUGGGUUGUUUGGCCAGAUCAGCUACACUCUCGUCAACGACCUGAGAAAAACUCAGUUUGUAAUCAACGCGGAGGGAGUCGUCUCUACUCUUCAGAAGUUAGACCGCGAAAAUCCAGUAAACAAGGACAUGGUGCUGACUGUGAUGGCCCUGGAUGGUGGAGGGCGCGCAUCCUUUUGCACGGUGCGAGUGGUUCUUACGGAUGAAAACGACAACGCCCCGAGGUUCCGAGCUGCAGAGUACCGCCUGAGCAUCAAAGCCAACGUUGCCACUGGUGCUCUGGUCACACAGAUCCAAGCCACGGACCCCGAUGCCGGAUCAAAUGGAAGAAUUACCUACUCUCUUUACAGCGAGGCGCGAUUAUCCCUGGUGGAUGUGCUGGAGGUGGAGCCAGACAGCGGUUGGAUGAUAACCAAGAGCAGCGUGGACCACCUCCAGGGUACCGUCCUGUCUUUCUUUGUCAAAGCCACGGACAGCGGUUCACCUCCCAAACACUCCCUGGUGUCGGCCUUUGUCCACGUUGUCCCCGCGGACGCCUCCGUCCCCUCCUUCAGUCAGCCUCAGUACUCCUUCACAAUCCCCGAGGACACAGCAGUAGGCACGGCCUUAGGGUCCGUCUACAUCGGACCUGGACAGACCGCUUCCUUUACCGCAGUCGCUGGACAGACCCUGGACAGCAACGAGGAUGGGACGUUCAGUGUGGACGGGGAGACGGGUCUGAUCCGAGUGCUCAAGCCUCUGGACUAUGAGCAGGUCAACGUCUACAGCUUUAAGGUGUCAGCGACGGUGAGACGAGACCUGAUCGAGGCGGUGUCCACCGUGGACCUGGAGGUUAAGGUCCUUGACGUGAACGACAACAGUCCAGCGUUUGAGACGAAGACUUAUCUAGCUACGGUGAUGGAGGGAAUGUCAAUGGGAACAAGAGUGAUUCAAGUACGGGCUCUGGAUCCAGACUGGGGCUCCAAUGGUCAGGUUACCUACAGACUCGGCCGUCUGCUCACAUCUAAUCUGGACCUGACAGACGACGCUGGCUCCGCCAAUGACUCCGUCACAACAGGUUCUAUCUUCACCAUUGACAGUAAAUCAGGCUGGAUCACCACCAGGGCCCAGAUGGACCACGAGACCUGCUCCAGUUACAGCUUUGAGGUGGUGGCGUCAGACUCAGGAGAGUCCAAGUCCCUGUCCUCCACGGCUGUGGUCACUGUCACCGUGUCUGACGUCAACGACAACCCGCCGCGGUUCAAGGAGGAGCUGUACAUGGGUUCCGUCACGGAGAGCGACCCUCUGGGUGAGGUGGUGGCUGUCCUCGGGACAGAAGACCGAGACGGUACUGACCCAAACCGACAAGUCAGUUUUUACAUCACAGGAGGAAAUUCGCGGGGCGUGUUCGGGCUGGCCCUGGUGCAGGGGGAGUGGAAGGUUUAUGUGAGUGGUUUACUGGACCGUGAGCAGCAGGACUGGUAUCUGCUCAACAUCACAGCCACUGAUGGCCUCUAUGUGGCUCGCACUGCAGUGGAAAUUACAGUCCUGGAUGCCAAUGACAACAGUCCCAUCUGCAACCAGGCUGUGUACAGCGCCUCCUUUCCUGAGGACGUUCCCAUCAACAAGGCCAUUUUGACAGUGGGAGCAACAGAUGCUGACUCAGGCUCCAGUGCUGAGAUUCAGUAUUCACUGUUUGGAAUUGGUGUGGAGGAUUUCUACAUGGAUGCUAACACUGGUGAGCUGCGUACGGCCGCAGUCAUGGACCGAGAAGUGACGCCGACCUACAAGCUCAUUGCUCAGGCCACAGACGGAGGUGGACUCUUCUGUCGCUCUGACAUUUCUCUCCAAGUGUUGGACGUGAAUGAUAAUGCUCCCUCCUUCUCCUCCGCUCAUUACCUGGCCAGUGUGUUCGAGAACACAAACCCCAAGGCCUUGCUCACCCGACUGCGAGCAAGCGACCCAGAUGAAGGUCUGAACCGCACCGUGGUUUAUUCCCUGGCGGACUCCCUUGACGGAUUAUUCUCCAUCGACCCUGUUUCUGGGUUGGUCAUGUUGGAGAAGUCUCUGGACAGGGAGACGCAAGACUCUUACACUAUACAAGUCCAGGCCGCAGAUCAAGCUGGCCAACGGGGGGCGCUGUCCUCACAGGUUGAUUUGACCGUUCUGGUGCUCGAUGUGAACGACAACGCUCCGGUGUUCCAAAGACAAGACUACACCACCACUGUCCCCGAAGAUGCAGCUUUGGGGACGGAGGUGCUGCGAGUGUUGGCCACCAGUGCCGAUAUCGGAACUAAUGCUGAUAUCAUCUACCGAAUCCAGUCUGGAAACGAGUUGGGGAAGUUUGCCAUUGACAGGAAACUGGGCUCCAUUUCUGUGGCUGAUGACUUGGACUUUGAGGUGUGUAAGGACUUCUACCUGUCUGUUGUGGCCUGGGACAGUGGGAGUCCUCCUCUCAGUGCUGCCACCAUGGUGACAGUCCAACUAAUGGACGUCAAUGACAACGCUCCAGUCUUUAGUCAAGACAUCUACAACGUCCUGGUCAGCGAGGAAGCAUCUGUAGGACAAACGGUGACCAGGGUUUUAGCUGAAGAUCUGGACAGUCAGGUGAAUGGCAGAAUCACCUACUCCAUCCUGAGGGGCAGCAACCAUUUUUGGAUCGACCCCGUGACCGGACUGCUCAAAGUUAACAAAAGGCUCGACAGAGAACUGGUACCCAGGUACUCUUUGACAGUGCAGGCCUUUGACAGCGGCUCCCCUGCCAUGUCCUCCACUGUCACUGUUAACAUUGACGUCUCUGACAUAAACGACAAUCCUCCCGUCUUCAGCCCUGCCAACUCCACCGUUGUCCUACAGCUAAAUCAAGCCGUUGGCACCACCCUGCUGAAGGUGUCUGUCAGUGAUAAAGACUCCCCAAGAAACGGUCCUCCCUUCCAGUUCCGUAUCUUGUCAGGAAACGAGGGGAGUUUCUUUUCGCUGGACCAGACUGGAACUCUGAGAACCAACCGUGACAUCGGGCCCGAUGUACCCAGAGAAUUUGUUCUCGAAAUUCAGGCGAGUGACUCUGGUAAACCAAGUCUUUCCUCGUCUUCCUGGGUUUUUCUCAGAGUCAUCGGGAACAGCCAGUACAAACCCACUGUCUACCCCCUGGAGAUCUUCGUGGUCAUGGUAACAGACAGCUUCCCUGGUGGACCUAUUGGUCGGAUACAUGCCACUGACCGCGACCCAACUGAUGCACUGUCAUUUACCCAGAAGCCUCUGCCAAAAAGCAUGUUCGCCAUUAGCAGACAGGACGGCAGCAUUGUCGCUCUGCCAGGACUGGAGCCUGGCAGAUACCAGCUAAACGCCACUGUGAGUGACGGGCGUUUCGCCGUCAUCGCUGACGUCUCCGUCCAGGUGGAGCAGGUGACCGACGUGGUGCUGCGCAGCGCUCUGACCUUACGUUUCAGCUCCCUGUCCCCUGAGGAGCUGCUGUCUCGCCACUUUACUCAGAUCAAACUCACGCUACGUGAAAUCUCAAACUGGAAGUGGACACCAGGACAACCGGACCCUCUGCACGUGCUCAGUGUGCAGCCGGUGAGUGGGACGACGGGCGCGGAGUUACUGGUGGCGGUGGAGCGUCCAGAACGACCAGGCAGUGGACGAAUGGGAGGGUUCUAUUCCCAGCAGGAGUUAUCUGAUAUGUUGGAAAACGCAGUGACCAGGGGACGGGUUCGAGGCGUCCUGGCUGGAGCCACGGUGGUGGACAGGACUUGUUCUGAGGAGCUGGACUGUGGGGACAGAGUCUGUGAGAGGACAGUGGUGAUGGACGGUCGUUCUCCCGUCACCUACAGCACAGAGAAGCUGAGUCUGGUGUCACUGAGGUUCAGACACACAGACGGCUGCACAUGUCCUGGAGGUUCAUGUCCCACAACUGUGGAGCUCUGUGAAGGUCAGUCCUGUCCCGCAGACAUGCAGUGUGUCCGCUCCGGUCCUACAGCGCCCUCUGUCUGCCAGUGUCAGCCUGAGCGACUGGACGAGUGUGCAGGACAGACUUCACUGAGCUUCUCUGGAAACAGUUACAUCAAGUACAGAGUGACAGACAGCACUCAGUCUGGAGAGAUGAGGCUGGGACUGAGGAUCAGGACGCUUCAGAGAAGAGGAGUCAUCAUGUUCACACGAGUUAACCCCUGUACCAUGCUCAAAAUUGAAGGAGGGCGACUCUGGUUCCAGCUGGACUGUGACAACACCCUGGGCAUCAUGGGUAUCUCUGGCCGACCAAUCAACGACGGCCUGUGGCACGCCGUGGCCUUGGAGCUGACCAGAAACUACACGCUCCUGUCUCUGGACGACAGUUACGUGGAGCGUCGUCGAGCAGCCAGGGCUCCGGUUCGACUCUGGCCUCUGGGGCCGGAGUCUUCGUUUUUCUUUGGGGCUCAAGUAAGAACAGCCACCGUGCCGGGUGAGAGGCCCAGUCCUGGACCAGGUAGGAUGCAGGCGAUGUCAGAGCGUGGAACAAGGGCCCCGCCCAGAGCCCAGGACGGGUUCCAGGGCUGCCUGGGCUCCCUGAUGCUGAACGGUAAUGAGCUGCCGCUCCAGAACAAGAGGAGUCUCUACGCCGAGAUCGCAGGGCUGAGUGAGGUGAAGCUGGGCUGCGUGCUGUACCCCGACCCAUGCAUCAGUCAACCCUGUCUCAAUGGCGCCGUCUGCAGCAGUCUGCCCUCUGGAGGCUUUGUGUGCAGUUGCAGCACGGGUUUCACUGGAGGGCGCUGUGAAAUUGAGCUGACAUCCUGCAUGCCUAAUCCGUGCCAGAAUGGUGGAGACUGCAAGGCCGUGGGCAGUGCAUUCCUCUGUGGCUGUCCCACAGGACUGGGGGGGCUAAUAUGUGAUGAAGACGUUAAUGAGUGUGACCAGGGCGAGUGUGGGAACAGAGGAGAGUGUGUCAACACCUUCGGCUCGUUCUUCUGUAACUGCUCCGAGGGCUACGACGGUCAGUUAUGUAACGAUCAGCCCCCUGCUGACCUCGGGGAUGACAUGCAGGCCGAGCCUCUGUCCUACGUAGGACCAGGAGAGAUCAUUGGCAUCGGGGUCUUAGCCUUCGUCAUCAUUCUGCUCCUCAUACUCUUCAUCGCUUUCAGGAAAAAAAUCAAGUUCCGUAAAGACUCAGACUCGGGUGCCGAGAGUCAGACGGCGACAGGAGUCUCGGCCAUUUCUUCAGAGACCAGUUACAUGCUGCACAAGACACGCAUGGGCUCAGAGGGCAUCGAGUUUAAAGCCAUGAGAGUUUCAGGGUCUCCAGGGACCAACAGUACCUACGGGGAGGUGGGGAGCAGCAGCAGCACCCUGGGGCCUCCUCAGGUCAUGGUGCGCCCGACCUCCCACUCCCCUCUACCUGGAGGACUCAGUUGCCAGACCAUGAGGAACGGAGACGCUGACAAAGUCAAUUCCAGUGAGUGUGCUCAGUUGAGUAGCUUCCUCCCCAACAUGUCUAAUAUCCGCACCCUGACCACCAGGAGGGGCAUUGCUGUUUGCAGCGUGGCACCCAAUCUCCCCUCAGCGUCCGCCUGCCUCCCUGUGCACAGUCCAGCUCAUAAAGUGUCCUGGGAGGCAAGGGGAGGCGAUGAAGAAGAGGAGGAUGAGGAGGAGGACGAGGAGGAGAACGAGGACAGGCUGGAGAGGCUGCACGCCGGGAGAGAGGAGGAAUGGGGGCAGAGAGCGUUUGAGCUGGAGAGAACACAGAGAGAUAACAGUCCACGGGGUAUGGCGGACAGGGGUGGGUGUCGCACCGACUGCACCCCCGAGGAGCAGUCGCUCAGUUCCUACACGUCUGAGUCCUUUGACGACAACGCUUCUAUAGUGACCGUCAUACGUCUCGUCAACGACGCCGUAGCCGAUAUCGAGAGUGAAGUGUCGAACAUGGACAAAGAACAGCAGAGGAACAACCCUGCAUCCCUCUGGGAGUCUCCGUCACGUCUCCGUCCACCGGACAGUGACUACGACCUCGGCGACAGCCAGCAGAGCAUCAGACGAGGCGGCAGCACACACUCCCUCCAGCUGGACUGCCAAGUGCUGGGUGGAGGCCGAGAGCAGGGAUGGGAGGGCGGGAAGAGGAGCUUCCAGUGGGAGAGGAAUCAGUCGGGCGAGUGGGAAAGGAGACGUAUCCUGGACAGGGAUGAAAAGAGGAAGCAGAAGGCAGGAGCAGGGAACAGGACCAGAGAUCGUCCGCCGUCGAUGGGACACGACAGCGGUGAAGACACCUCCUCGCCUGUGUACGAGGAAUACCAAGAGUGCAGCCCGGACUUGGAGCAGGGCGAAGACACAGAGAACCCUUAUGACACUCUACCCCCGACGAGGCGAGCGUACGAAGGAUAUCCAUCGAGCCCCGCAGGUCUGAAUCUGCACCCGGCUCAGCUUCUGCCUCCUCUGAGAGCCUGGGACUUACAGACAGGGGAGUGGAGGGAACCGCAGGCAGAUCCUGGAGGACAGGACUCCUGCAGCGUGGGAGGUUCAGGAGAUGAGCUGGAGAGACUUCUGAACCUGGUGUCGCUUAGAGCCAGGAGAGCGACCCGAAUAAACAGAGAUUCUACUGGAUCUGAACCAACCACGGGCUGGGACGGGUUCAAAUAAGCACACAGAAAGACAUGGAGUGUCGUGUUUAAGUCCCGGGGCCACGUUUGGUUUUUAUGUUUUACCCUGAAAGAUCGUGACACAGGAUUAGGAUUAGAUCUAGAGCCAGCGAGGUAAAUGUCACGAGGCUAAUCUUUCACCAUCAUCUGCCUAAACAGUUAUUUUUCAACAACAAUCAUUUAGAAUCCAACAUCAAGGAAUAUGUUUGUACUACUUUUUAGUGCUAGAAACAAUCUCAACCACAGACUACAUCAGAAACAACUGCCCAUGACAGGACAGUCAACCAUUUGUGUACAGGAAGUAGGGUUUUAAAGUAUCAAUAUGAGUCUGACUCCUCACAAGGAUUUAUGUCGUGACAAAUGCAUGUAGUUAAAGUCUUUUGUUAGAAUCUACCUCAGUAUGGAGAAGCUCUGGAAUGGUUUGGGGCUGCGUUUCAGAAACACCUAGAAAGGCCGAGAACCAUCGGCAGAUAAUGAAGGUCCAGCAUUUAGGAAGCGUGGUUCAUUUUUCAACACACUAACUAGCACAGAUGCAGAGACAAGACAAUAAAAAAUAUCUCAUGUGGAUAGUGAGAAGAUCAGAACGCUAACGAUAUUCAAGGAACAGUUUUGUGAUGUUUCUUAAGGGAGGGUCUCCAAUUAAAAAAAAAUUCUUAUUAUUGGAAAUUGAAUCUUCAAUCACGAACUUCCAUAAAACGAAUCAAUUGUGUUUUAUUAUCAUUGUCAUAUUUUCUGGGUGAAACAUAAAAAAAAACUCAUUUGUGGCUGAAGACCCGUCCCCACUCAUCUAUGACCGCAGCGCUGUCUCUGGUCCUGAUCCUUGGAUAGAGCUUGACAUUUAUGGAAUUACACCACGGACCCCGCAGCAGAAACUAAUUAAAAACAUACAUUACCAUA